GAGAAAUGGUUUCCUCAUAAGAGGGCUGCACUCAACUCUGCAGUAACAAAGAGAUCAAACCAGGUCACAGCUUACACAACAGACAGCGGAAAACUAAGGCAGGAUGAUGAUGACGACAAUGAGAGGGACAGUCUCAUGGUGCAGUGUCGCUCUGCUCUUUGCUCCGACCGCUGUGUCAGCUGUGAAAAGGCUUGAAUCGAUUAAUGACCUGAAGAAAAUUGAUUUUGGCCAGUCUGUGCCAACACACAGUCUUGUACUGCUCUACUGGUUCGCCCACACAGUUAACAUUGACAACACAGAUGCCAUACAGCUAACCUUUGAUCCAAACAAUGGAGAGUAUGGAUCACACUAUUACAGCAACUUUGAGGGGCUACUGGACCCACCACCUCCAGGGCAUCGAUACUACACCGUUGGAAAUAUCUACCAAGACACACCAGUUCGUCUUCCCUCUUAUGUUAUCAAUCCCAGAAGGCAGUACAGGACAGGAAACCGAGACAGGAUCAUAAUAAGAGUCAGGGGAUGGAGGAUAGACCAGGUCUAUCUCACACAACACUAUGGCAACUCCAACUCUCAUGGGACGCCUUGGUAUGAUCCACAUCACACCUACCAUAUCACUACAGACCUCUUAAGACAGAUCAGAGAGUUUUCUGUGGGGGGACACCAUCACACUUUGGAGCAUCUCAGAGAAAGAUUUGGAAGUAAUGCUGAUGUUUCUAACAUCAGAAACAUCUGGAAAGACCUUGCCUGCCUGGGACUGCUUUUGUUUAUUGUAAUACAAGAAAGGCAUAUCACUAAUCAGCACAGACAAAAUAAUCCAGAUGCUGACGUUUUGCUGGCUCGACUUCUUUUACUAUUUCUUUUAUUCGUGUGGAUGAUGAACUUUAUAUCUCAAAAGGAAAAUAGAAAAAGGACUAAUGAGUAACAACAAGCUCUAAGCUCAUAGUGACACUUCUAAUCAGUAUUUUGCUGUGAUAACAAGUACAGUUAUUUAUCAAGAUCAGCUUAAGUUACCUUGCUCUGUUGGGAAAUCAAACUUGUUUUUCUUGUUAUAUUGUUCAGAUUUUCUCACUGUUAAAUCUAAGGGUUUUUUGAGCUAAGAUCCAAACUUCAGUAUUUGUCAUUAUAUAAAUUUGAGUGGUUGAAAAAUCACAGAUAUUUAGGUUAGUUGAAGCCAAGGAAUAUAAUCCUUCUCUUUUUACCUUUUUACAAGUUUUAAGUUUUAUUUAAACAUCUAAAAAAGACAUCUGAACUUUCUUUUUGCAUUAUAAUUCCAGUAAUAAACUUGAAUUUUGUAUACUUAUGCAAAAAAUGUUCAAAAUAAACCUCUGAAACCUUAGGGCUAUUGGAGUGUCUUCAUUUCUUCAGCAGUUUUUCAUCCUCCAUGCACCUUGAUUGUUGGCGAAGUUGUGCCAGAACACGCUACUUU